UAUUGCAGGUGGGAACAAGAUAACUUUACUCAGAUCCCGAACUUUAUUUAGUCGUAAUCUCAUACUUACAUAAUAUAUGAACCUUAAAAGCUUCGUGAUGAUAUCGUCAAGUAUAAGGAAAGUGUAAGAAAUCUCGAGUCCAAACAAAGGAAUGUUCAGUGAUGACGUGCGUAUAACUGCAAUAAAGUUGAGAAGAAAGUUAGAAAGUUUUGAAGAGCAAGUAUGUUGAACGCACAGGCCACCAGCCUUCAGAAGGCUCUACAGGAGCUGUUCAGUCAGCUGCAGUUCAGCCACGAGUCAGCGCUGCCGCCCGACGCGCUGAGACGCGCGCUGGCCCAAACCUUCUACAACCAACAGCGCUUCCAGCUCGGCUUCAUGGACGACGCCGCUGAGUGCUUUGAGAACAUCUUGCUUAGGAUACACUUCCAUGUGGCCAGCCAUGAGCACGAGGACAUGUGCAGUGCAAAACACUGCGUGCCGCACCAGCGCUUCGCGAUGACGCUGGUGGAGCAGAGCGUGUGCAGCGCCUGCGGUGCGACGUCGGAGCCGCUGCCCUUCACGCAGAUGGUGCACUACGUGUCUGCGUCUGCGCUCACUGCACAGGCGGGGCUGCUGCCCCCCACCACCAGACCCCUCGAGGUCUUCGGUCACCUCCUUAAGAAGGCGGGGGGCAUGGGUGACAUCAGGGACUGUCCGAGCGCCUGUGGGGCGAAGAUCCAGAUCUGCCGGACCCUCAUGAACCGCCCUGAGAUUGUCUCCAUCGGCGUCGUCUGGGACUCUGAGCGGCCGAGCCUCGACCACAUCAUGGCCGUCUUUGCAACGGUCGGCACCAAGCUCAAACUUCGCGAUAUUUUCCAAAGCGUCGUGGAUGACAAAUGGGCUCACAAAACCCAACACGAGUUGGUGGGCGUGGUCACGUAUUACGGGAAACAUUAUUCCACAUUUUUCUUCCACACCAAGUUGAGGGUGUGGAUUUAUUUCGAUGAUGCGACUGUCCGCGAGAUCGGUCCUAACUGGGAACAGGUUGUUGAGAAAUGUCGGCGUGGACAUUUUCAACCUCUGCUUUUGCUCUAUGCUAACCCUAAUGGUAGCCCAGUGUCAGUUGAAUCAGCGCCACACAAAAUCACGUUUGUUGCCACUAACCAUAUCAAGGCCAACACUUGUAUCCCGGCACAAAGCAACUUAUUUCCUGACGCACCCAUGAACCCUCGCCGUAACGAAGACAGAACCGACGGUGUCAUCGGGACGCCGACGAGCUCGGACCAGAGCGAAAGCAACAGCGAUGACGUCUUCGACGGACCUGCAUCGUCGAACUACCAGCGUCAGGUGGACAGCAUCAAGCAGACCGGCGGAGUCUUGCCUAACAAACCCAACAUCGGUAGACCACGUGUAGAGGGAGACGAACCCGUCUACUCGUCACGCAAGGACACCCGGACGAGGGUGUCGACGAUGGGCAGCGAUGAUGUGACUCGUGGAGUGGGCAGCACUUCGUCCUACGAACACGACGUGCUCAACAUGCCUGACUCUGCUAACGUGCCUCGGAGACGUGACUCUGGCAACUGGAGUGGUGACAGGAACAGCGCUUCCUCCUCGUCUUCCACGUCCAUGGAGAACAACUUCCCCUUCAUCGUCGGCAAGCCUGGCAACUCGUCCAACUCCUCGUCGCCUUCCAAAUCAUCCACCUCUUCCACCGGGCAUCCUGAGUACGCAAACCUCGGCAUCGGCGUCCAUCUUGGCAACAAUCAGCCUACAAACAACGUCGCUUCUAUAAAUAACGUUAUUAAUAACAACUCACAAGUGCAUCACAAUAACCUGCAGCAACAACCAAGCCACAACAACAACAACAGUAAUAGUACAGGUCAUGCACCUGCCAACGAUGCAGGUUACGACUCCUACUCGCUCUCGUCCAAUGACUCGUACCCCCUGCAGCAGUCGCUGAAGCAUAACUUGCAGCUUCAGAAGAUCCCUGAAGGCGAUCAACAACCACACCAACAACAAUCCCAAUUACCUCCCCAACAACAAAUGCCCCAACAACCCCAUAAACAACAACCCCAGCAGCAGAAAGACCCCGGGGGGUCGGAGGGGUCGCUGCUGGGGGUUACGUGCGAGACGCUGUGCUUCACGGCGGACGCUCUGCUGGAGGAGGCGCGCGCCCUCGAGGAGGCUGGCGACUUGCAGGGCGCACUCCGCCUCUGUAACCAGGCGUCGGCCAAGACGCGCGCAGCCAUGAGCGCGCCGUACAACAACGCGCAGUCGCUCACCUUCGCGCAGAUGAAGCACAACACGUGCGUCAUGCGCGGCCGCUCCCUGCACCGACGUCUCCUCAUACAGGCAGAGGCUGCCGCUUGGGACGGCUCCUAUAAAAUAGACGGUCCUGCUCAGCACAGCCGGCAAGGGUCGCGAGACUCGCAGCGAUCUCGCGUGUCUCGCCAGAACUCUCGCGAGGCAUCUGCCCAUCACAGUCGUCAGGGCUCGCGAGACGCAUCGAGCGGCGACACGGGCAACUUUAAUGCCGCCGAGACCCUCGCGCAGACCGUCGAGAAACUGCAGUUGUCGAGCGCAGUCUCAGCAGACCGGGUGGCACAGCGAGACGGCGAGGUGCCAGGGUCUGUGCAAAACAAUAUCGAAAUUUACGCCACUCUCCCAAAAAAGAAAGGGAAGAAGAUCGAGAAAUUGUCCAUCGCUGUUCCUGUAACUUCGCCAUCCAAGUGUGCCGAAGCAAAUGUGAAAGCCAAGGAUAAGAAAAACUCAGACAAGAAAGAAAAGAGCAAAGAUAAAAAAAGCAAACACGGCGGCAAGUUGGAAGAUAGCGACUAUUCCAGUGACCCAAACAACAAAAAGAGUCCAAGCAAGAAUUCUUCUGUGGAGACCAAACCGCCACCAACAGAGGAGGGCGAAGAUGCCAAGUCUGUUGGCAAGAAGCAGCACAAAAUAAGGAGGAAAAUCAUGAUGGGGGGUCUAAUGAGGCGAAAGAACAGAAGUAUGCCUGAUCUCAGGGAAGGACAGGAGAACGAAAAACAAAAUUUUCAAGAAGCCGAGGUCCGGAGUUUGUCCCGACCGACGACACCAUCCGAAAAGGCUAUGGUGGGGUACCUUACUGAGGGUAAGGCCAUGGCUGGGUAUCUAAGUGAAGGCAACCUCGAAUCUAGUGCCAACCCCAACCUUGAACGCAGCAAGCUCAUGAGAAAGAGUUUCCAUGGGAGCGUGGGGAAAGGCUUGCCUCCCCCGGUAGCUGCUACCAAAGUUCCUCCCCCCAUCCCCCAACGCACGUCUUCCCAGCUUUCUCAGUCUACCCUACUCCCCCUGCCAUCCGGGGAUAGUAGCAAACUUCCCCAUGAUCAUAAGAGUGAGCAUCGUGCUCCACACCCGCUUCCCCAGUCCCUGGAAGUCCCUCCAGCUUUGCCGCCCCGCAGUUACACUCCUGAAAUAAGCUCUAACGUCAAUAAUACUAACAUCCGCAAAGAGCCACAAUCUUUACCUUAUAGUAGACGUGUGCAUCAGUACGACAACAUCAGUGCUUCACUGCACUGCCAGAACCUCAAACAAAAUACAGAAACGCACGUGUAUUCUCAACCUUGUAUUGAACCCAUCAAUGAUGGUAACCAUCAGCACAAACCAGCGAUGCAAGCCGAGGAUAAUCAACAGAAUAACUUCAAUUAUGAGCAGACUCCGCAGUACGCUAAUCAGUCACAAUCUUUGAUGAACUGUCAUCAAAACAAUAAUGAAUUAAACCAAUACCAGCAACAGCAAUUGCAUAAUAACCAAUAUAAUAACAACUAUGGUCCUUUUGACGAUAACGUAAAUAAUACUAUGCCGGAUAACCAAAUUUUGCAAGGAUCCCAAGUGCAAUUCAAUAAUCAAAUGCCAAUGUUCCAGAACCAACAGCAGGUGCACUACGAUACAUUUAAUAAUGAGCAGCAACAAUUUUCCAUGCCCCAUCAAUCUCCCAACAACGUUAAUUAUCAGGAAACGCAAAAUUAUGACCGACACUUUCAAACUGAUUAUAACUCGCACAUCGCGCCAAACUCGCCAGCAUCUGAGCCGCCAGCCACGCUCACGGCUCCCCCACCCACUGGUCCUCCCCUCCACUCCCGGCAGGGGAGCGAAGAUUUUCCUCCUCCUCCGCCGCCCUUGGAAGAGGCAGUGGAAGAUCUGAAAAACCGCGGCCUCCUACCACUAACAUGCAGUAGCUCUCAGCCAACUACAAGUACCUCGAGCUCUACCCUAAACCAUGCCAAACAUUUCUCGGCUUCCAGUUCUGUCAGCAAUUCAGAGCCACAGUUGGGCGGCAGCGACGGUAAUUCACGUCAGGAAAUUUCCUGCAGUGAUGACGUCAGUGCUGCGAAUACAUCGAGCCUGCUUGCUCAGCUGCAAGACAAGAAGCAGCGUCUGACGUCUACUCAGCACAGAGACGCGUUCUCGAGUCAUCAGACCAACAGCAUGGAGAGAGACAAGACCGGCAGCGGGAAGCGUUACGCAAUCAGCAGCAGCGGCAGUAGUUGGCUGCAGGAGCUGCAGGCGAAGCAAGCGGCCCUGCGACGAAGACACAAUUCUACGUCGUCUGACGGUGAAGGAGCUGGAUUAAGCUCAAACGACGAGCUAUCGCUUGUUAAAAAUCUCGCUAAUAAAUUUGAGAAAACAACCGUGAGUGAAGGAGUCGAUGAAGUUGAUUGCGCACCAGCCCAAAUGAGGGAAAACUCGGAAGGUAAAAUCAAUCCUGAGCUUUUCAACCGAGAAUAUACGCAGUGCAACUCCCUAACCUUUACCUCUCAAAGCGGUCAAGUGAAUCGUCUUAUGAACAGUAAUGGAUCCAGGAACAGACUUGAAGGAACAGAAACCGGAAUUCUGAAGCAAAAUUCUACGUCUUCACUCAGGUCUGAGUCCUCUGAAACUGGAAUCUUGAAGCAAGUGUCUACCCCUCUUCUCGGCAGACACUCUUAUCCAACCAACUCAAAUGGUGAUGUUUCCGGGGCAACAGAUGAGCCCAAAAAGAAGAUGAAGAAAAGCGUUACUUUCUGCGAUCAGGUUGUGUUAGUGGCUACUGCAGAGGAUGAGGAAGAAGAUGCGUAUAUCCCCAACCCCAUUCUAGAGCGAGUUCUAAAAUCGGCAAUGACUUCUUCGUGUAGCGGUCAAGAUUCUCCUAUGCUGAGAAGAGCCCAACCACCGGAAGAACCCACAAAUUUUUCACAAGAUAACGGCAAUAAUUCGUUUGACUCGAAUAUCUCGAGGUCUAGUUGCAAUUCUGUCCAGCAACAACCAGUUCGAGCAGUUCAACCUCCCCAAUCUCAAAAUCCGCAAUCAAAUGUCAAGCCAGGGUUGCCAGCCAAUCGACUUUCCCACAGCACGACUAGUGCCCCCCAAUAUCGACCCCCGCCCCCCUAUCAACCUCCUCCCAACCCAAAUGUGUCCAAUUGCCGCGUUGUACCAAACGGUGUGCCAGUAGCUCAGGUGGCGAAUCAUUCCAAUCACCUCAAUAAUAGAAAUGGGAAUAAUUUGAAUGUAUUACAAUCGCAAGCACAUGGCACAAGUCCUUACCAACAUCCUCCUCCCCCCGCCUCUUUGAUAUCUGCAAGGGAGCCGAAUGGCGGUAAUCCCUCACGUACCAAUAGUGGAUCCUCUAUGUCACAGUACCAACCUCCUCCUCACCCUCACGUUCUUCAAAUGAGGCAGCAGCAAAUGCAACAACAUCAACAGGUGACCCAUCAGCACCAACAGAUCUCACCUCAACAGAAUCAGCAAGUGCCGCCUCAACAGAACCAACAGGUGCCGCCUCAGCAGAACCAACAGAUGCAACAGAAACUGAGGCCGCCACAACAGCAUCAACAUACAAUAUCUCGACCUGACUCUCAACCGAUUUCCUCUGCAGACCCGAACUCGCGGGGACCUAUAAUGACCCGCCAGAACAGUAACCUAGGUGAACACACGCGACCGUAUGGUGGUCAACCACUGCAAAUGCCACCCUACCAGAAAGCCCCGUACACCUCACAUAUGGCAGCGCAUUCUGAAGCUCAGAGACACGCACCCUCGACUCAAGCUGGACUCUACGUGUCCGCUCCUCCCAGGACAGGUUCACAUGUCCCACAAGGUUACGGUAGCGUAGGGAGAGGAGGGGUCACGGUGCGACAACCUCAUCAAAACGCACAAACACAGCAACACGUACAACAACAGCAACACGUACAACAACAGCAACACGUACAACAACAGCAACACGUACAACAACAGCAACACGUACAACAGCAACACGUCCAACAACAGCAACACCAACAGCAACAUGCACAACAGCAACAUGGCCAACAACAGCAACUGCAACACGGACAACCGCAGCUACAAGGACAAGGCCAACUUUCUUAUUCGGCACCAUCUUCACAAUCUUCGCUACCUCUUGUUGGCUCCUCUCAACAACAGCAAACUCCUUCUACCGGACCCGGACAUUUUGCCGGACCUCUCGACCCUAACGCCAUCUACUCAACCGUCAACAAAGGCGCCAAGAAAAGUCCCGCCGUAGUGCCUCCGUCGUCUGCUAUAAGCCCCGCCCCCGCUGCACUUAAGACCGCUAUUCAACCAUGUAACUUAUGUCACAAAAAAGCAGUAUCUCCAACAUCCGUUUACUGUUCCGACUGUAACUUUUACAUGUCCAGAUUCAAGCCCAAAACCUAAAACGCUAAAUAACUAAUUAUUAAUACAAAUUGAACAAAGUAAAACCAGAAAAAAAAAACUUAUAGUAAUUUUUCAAUUAUUGAAGCUUGUGACCUGUGAUAUAAUUGCGAUCUCAUGAUUCCUAUCUUUGUGCCAUUCGUGACAAGUAUUGACUAGCUCAAUAGGGCAGCAUAAUAUGUAUUGUUUUCGCAUUGUUUUCAUUUAGCAGCUUGAACCUGGACAUAUUAAGUUACAGCUAAGGAAGUUGUUAUACUAAUCCGCAACAUGAACGGCGCAACGUUCGAGGCUACUUUGCUUACUUGACGAACUACGCGUUUGUUUUUAUAGCGGCUUUUUGUUGUUGACGAUCUACUAGGCUUAAUGCUUCUCUUUCAUCCAGAAUAUCCUUGUAGUGAAUUUUUUAGAUCUGUUAGGUUGGUUUCCUCGAAGUACGAUGUCUGCCAGCACAAUAAUUUAGGCUCAUGAACUGGUCACCCAUAUCAGUCAUGACAGUGUUUAUAUUUUUGUUGUGUUGUGACAUCCUAAGUGUUCUUGGAGGUAAAAAUAUAAAGAGUGAAAUCACCGGCCCCGCCAUCUUGGAAUUUCCGAUCAACUCUUGGAAGUCGUAGAUCGAUGUUCUCAAGCCCAAUGGCCGGGAGUUUUCGGGAAUUAUUUAUCGAUCUAUAUAGUGCAGCGAGAUGCGCUGCCUUGUUAAUAAUAUUUAAUUGUUGUUUGGCAUUACUGAAUCUACUCGACUAUUAGUAUCAUUAAUUUGGUUGUAAUUAAUAAGAUUGUCUCGCAGCGAUGCGAUCAUGUCUUCUGUCUUUCGAGUUCGCUCAAAUAAUUUUGUGUUACGAAGUAACUUGCUACUAGAAUAAGGUAUAAAUAUUUCGCUUGUGCAACGGUUGUGUCGAUGCCAACUCCGCUUGACGAACAGCAGUUGUUUUACCGAUGCUUUUAGUAACUGACUAGAAAAUAAAUAACCUGACUUAUUCCUGCCUUGACAGGAAUUUGCCAGCAUGUUCAUGCUAUAUAAUAUUUUCGUUCUUAAUGUCAUUAGGUCCUCGGUUACGUAACUUACAUUAAUAAGAGCCGUUCCCGUCCAAUUUCUAGAUCGUAAACCGGGAUGAAGCUUGGCAUCAGCUAGACAAGUGCAUUUUUUUCUCAUGGUGUAGAAUUGUUCAUUAGAUUGUGUUGUUUCAUCAUUAUGUAAUUGGAUGUGGCGUUAUAUUGAAGCAUUGUGAAGUGGUGGUGUUUGUGGUGGUGCGAAGGGAGGAGCGUGAUAGUACCUUAAGGUUAUGAUGAUCUCAUCAGCUUCAAUGUUGAAAAAUCCGCUGUACGAUAAACCUAGAAGCUAUUUUUCUUUUUUCUUCGUUAAUAUUAUGUUAAACCUUGAGAAUUCGUCCGUACCCAAGUGUAAAAUAAUUUAAUACGAAUUAUUAUAUACAUGACAUUGUUAGAUUUUUUUUUACUUCUAUUUACCGCGAUUCAUCAAGGUUACGGGCAAUACCAAUCAAGAUCGACGUAUGCAUGACAACUAAUUGUAUAGAGGAUAGAUUCUCGGCAUGUCGUAAGUGCCAAACCGUGCGUUGUGAGGUCGCCUCGUGGUGUACAAACUAACGUGUAAGCUUUGUACGUUUUCUACGUUCAUAUUUCAGCAAUAAAUGCAAUGAUUGAUUC